GCCUUACCUUCCCUAUUCGUCAUUAAAUGGGAUCAUCCAGGGUCCCCUUAUCUGAUUCUCCUCAACGCUCUACCAUUUUGCUACGUUCUGAGCCGGUAUCCGCAACUAACAAGUAUGGAAACAGAGAUACAGAGCAAUUCUUCUUCUCCACUACCUCAAGAGUUGAUUGACCAUAUCAUUGAUACUCUGCCCUCUGAUAUCCCCACACUCCGGUCGUGUUCCCUCGUCUGUCGCUCGUUCCUUCCUAGAGCCCGCGAGCAUCUAUUCCGACAAGUAGACAUCGGGACCCCACAUCUGCGCCAAUCCUUCUACAACCUAUGCCACUCAUCGCCACAUAUAUUACAUUCAGUCAAAUCGCUCAUCGGAGUCACACCCGGAGAAGAAGGUGGUGUCUCCCCUGACCUGAUUCUUCAAUCCCUGCCUCGAUUGGAGAAGCUCGUGGUCUCCUGUACCAAUUGGAGCAGCAUGGGCUCAUCAUUCUGGGAAAUCGUAUCCAACCUUUCCUCCCUUCGAUCUUUGACAUUAAAUGGCACCAUUAUUCCCUCGAUAUGCAUCCUAUCUUCCUUGUUGUCGAGUCGCGUGGAGGAGCUAUGUCUCUCUGAGACUGACUUUGUGAGCAACGAUGUUUGCCGGCAUGGUAGUCAUGAUACCCGGGUGCAGUCUCUCACUUGCUCGGGAAACUUUCGACCAACAGAAUACGAGCGAAUCAUGUCUCUCUGUCCAGCACUUGCGAACACGGCUCGGUCAAUUGACAUUAAUCUGUAUUUCCGCAACCAUAUCCUCAGAAUGAAGGUCCAAUUGGACUUGGGCAUACUUCGAAACAUCACAGUCCUCCAUAUACCUAGAGAUUCUGAUGUGCACCGUGAUCUUCCGAUUCUGAACAUCCGUCAUCUGCACUCAAUUACGGUACGCAUAUGGGACCAUCACAGUAGACCCGACCCCAAUGCCGGUCUCCCCGACUUGGGUCUCCUCGAAUGGUGGAUCCAAAACUUGGAACACUGCAAGAACAGCGAUAUCCACCGCGUUGCGUUUCAUGUCUACUACGACUCCCUAUAUCUUCCUUCAGACGAUUAUUCGGUUUGGGGGAAGCUGGACAGGGCCUGCGCGGCAAUGAGUUCCCUUCGUUUGAUAGAGAUCGUCGUGAUGCCAGAAAGCCUUACAGAUGGUGAAAUCACUGCUACAUUGGCUCAUGGUAUGCGCGCCAUUGCGGAUCAGCUUACUCUUUCCACUCGACGCGGUAUCGUCUCCGUGAGCGUGCGGUAGAGAUUCUACGAGCAUUGGUCUUUUAAUUCCCCGUUGGUCUGUCGCUGACGCUAUCUAAGUACAAACUUAAGAUGCUAAUUAGCUGUAAACUUAAGCAAGUGCCUGUCAUUUCACAAAUUCACUC